UCCCGAGUCAUGAACCCCAAACUUUCUCUCUUCACCGCUCUACAGCUUCAAUGGAACCACACACACCCACCAAUCCAAUUCGCCCGAGUCAACACUCUUGAAUCGGCCCCAACUCGGUCGCCAUGCUCAAAGGCAAGCUCAAGCUUCCGGUCCCUGAGAAAGCCCGCCGGGCCUUCCCUGACCGGCUCGGCAGCUUGGUCGUUGGUUUCGACGACAAAGAGGAUGAAUCUGGAGGCUCUGAUUUGAUAUUCGAGCCCGGAGAAGAGCUCGAGACCUUUCAUCCCAACGGUCUCGGAUCUGAUAGAGAGAGCGAUGGUGAAAACGAGAAAUUUCACGAAGAAUUAGAUGUAAGAGUCCGGCCCAGACCCGAUAGAGAUGGGGCGGGUCCGGUUUCAGCGUCGCAAGUCAUUGCGGCCGACGAGAAAAGAUCCGAUCUUGAAUACGAGCUCUCUCAACCGGAGAUUAAUUUGGAAAAGUUGCAAAGAAUUGCUAGUACAGGGCUUCCCGAUGGAGGAAGUUUGCGUGCGACGGCUUGGAAGCUACUCUUAGGUUAUUUACCUCCUUCUCGUGACCUAUGGGAAAAGGAGCUGACUGAGAAUCGGCAGAAGUAUGCUAAGCUAAAAGGGGAACUUCUCAAGAGUCCUUCAGAACUCACUAGGAGAAAUGAUGAAGAACUUAGUUCUAAGGAGCAGCACUUUGACAGUGAUGUGGAUGGGCCACUAAGGCGUCAAAAAAUCUCUCAAGAAGAAGACCAUCCUUUGAGCCUUGGUAAAGCAAGUGUAUGGCAUCAAUACUUUCAGCACUCAGAAAUUGUAGAACAGAUUGAUCGUGAUUUGCAACGCACACACCCAGAUAUGAAGUUCUUCUCAGGAGACUCAUCAUUCAGUAGAAAAAACAGAGAAGCAAUGAGAAAUAUUCUUCUCCUGUUUGCAAAAUUGAAUCCUGCAAUCCGUUAUGUGCAAGGCAUGAAUGAGGUCUUGUCACCAGUCUACUAUGUGUUUAGUACUGACACUGAUGAGCAAAAUGCUGCAAAUGCAGAAGCUGAUAGUUUUUCUUGUUUUGUUCGACUCUUGAGUGACUCAGUGGAUCACUUUUGUCAACAAUUGGAUAAUAGUUCCGUGGGUAUCCUUUCCACCCUUUCCCGCUUAUCAGAGUUAUUAAAUGCCAAUGAUGAGGAAUUGUGGCGGCAUCUUGAAUUCACAACCAAGGUGAGGCCCCAAUUCUAUGCAUUCAGGUGGAUCACAUUGCUGCUUACUCAAGAAUUCAAUUUUCAAUCCAUCUUGAGAAUUUGGGAUUCUCUUUUGAGCAAUCCUUUUGGUGUUCAGGAUAUGCUUCUAAGAGUCUGCUGCGCAAUGCUGCUGUGUGUUAAGAGCAGGCUACUGAGUGGAGAUUUUGUGGCUAACAUAAAGCUUUUACAGCACUACCCUGAUAUCAACAUAGAGCAUCUUCUCCAAGUAGCUCAGGAUCUCACUCCCGACACAUCUUCCUAUCGCCUCUCCCCUUAGAUUCUUCACAUUUGUGCUUCUGGAUGUAAAUGUCUCUCUUUAACUUGUUCUGUGACAAUGUGCCCAACUUGUACCCAUUGCUUGAUUUGUUUCUAACCCAAAAAUACUUUUUUCAUGAUAUAUUUGAAGGAUAGAUUUCACCGA